AAAAAGAGAAAAAGUCUAAAAGACUAUCCCUCAAUACCAUAUCCAAAUGGAUAUAUCACGGAACAACUAGGAAAUAGGCUUAUUUAUGCCGAACGUGAUUAUGAUACAUCCAAGUUGCGUGAGGAGUUUCAAAGUUUGUAUGCUUCUCUUACCGGUAAGACAACUACAAUUCAUGUGAUUUAUAAGUCAUAUUAAAUGGUUUUGAGUGUUAGGAGAAAAAUGAUUUCAUUCAUAUAUUUUGAUGCUAAUAUUGCAGAUGAACAGAAAGCCAUAUUUGACACAGUAAUGGAAGCUGUGACUAAUCAAAAAGGUGGGGUAUACUUUUUAUAUGGUUAUGGUGGUACAGGAAAAACAUUUAUGUGGAGAACGCUAGCUUCUGCCUUACGUUCUCAGUGUCAUAUUGUUUUAACUGUCGCAUCCAGUGGUAUAGCUUCUCUACUCUUACCAGGAGGUAGAACUGCACACUCUAAGUUUUCAAUCCCAGUUCCUACUUUGGAGAACUCUACAUGCAAUAUACAUCAAGGGAGUGAACUUGCAGAGCUAUUGAAACAGACUAAAUUGAUAAUAUGGGAUGAAGCAACAAUGGCUCAUAAAUUUUGUUUUGAAGCAUUAGACAGAAGCCUAAGUGACAUCAUUAAUAAUGAUGGUGAUUCUAAUUCACCAUUUGGAGGGGAAGAGUGAUUGUCUUUGGAGGAGACUUUAGACAAACUUUACCCGUUAUUCCUGGAGGAAGCCGUUCGGACAUCGUUAAUGCUACAAUAAAUUCUUCAUAUUUAUGGGAAGAUUGUCAGGUAUUGUCUCUUACUAAAAAUAUGCGACUCCAAAAUAGUUUGGAUAUGACAAAUGCUACUGAGCUCAAAGAAUUUUCAAAAUGGAUAUUGGAUGUGGGGGAUGGAAAAAUAUCAGAGCCAAAUGAUGGUUAUGCAGAAAUAAAAAUUCCAGAUGAAUUCUUGAUUAAAGAAUUUGAUGAUCCAAUAGAUGCAAUAAUCCGAAGCACAUAUCCUAACUUGCUGGAGCAAUACAAAAAGGAGGAAUUUCUCAAGUGUAGAGCUAUCUUAGCAUCGACUAUUGAAAUUGUCGAUAAAAUUAACGACUAUGUUCUUUCCUUGCUCCCAGGUGAAGACAGAGAAUAUUUAAGUUGUGAUUCUGUAGACAAAUCAGAUGUAGUCGAAGCAGAAGCAUUUGAAGCAUUGACACCAGAAUUUAUAAAUUCCUUGAGAACAUCAGGUCUCCCAAAUCAUAGGAUACGACUUAAGGUUGGGACUCCAGUAAUGUUGUUAAGAAAUAUAGACCAGUCAGAAGGACUAUGUAAUGGAACUAGAUUGAUUGUCACCAGACUGGGAAAUCGUGUCAUUGGAGCAAGAAUCAUGUCUGAAAGCUAUGGUGGAGAUGAGAUUUACAUACCUCGAAUGUGUAUGUCUCCUUCUCAAUCACCGUGGCCUUUUAAACUUAUCAGAAGACAAUUUCCUAUAAUGGUCUCAUAUGCAAUGACAAUCAAUAAAUCUCAAGGACAGUCACUGGAAAGAGUUGGAUUAUACCUGCCUAAACCUGUUUUUAGUCAUGGACAAUUGUAUGUGGCAUUAUCUAGAGUUCAGAGCAAGCAUGGAUUGAAAAUUUUAAUACAUGAUAAGGAUGGAAAAUC